AUGCCGCUUGCGAUCGACCACGCCACGCGCGCCGCGGCGGCGUCGUUCCUCCGCGACGAGUUCCCGCAGGUGCUGGCGACGGCAGCGCAGCUGGUGGCGGUGGAGGACCCCGAGACAGAGCCCUACCGAUCCAAGUAUGCGGCCGCUGCUGCUCUGGAUGCAUUGCGAGGCAAGGCGGACAUGCUGCUACGGCACUUCCAACCUGCUGCCUCGCACCACUCCGCUGCUGCCGACGCUGCCGACGCUGCACGCGAGGACGCGGCGACAGCAGGCGAGUUGUUGGACGCGGUGGCAGUGCUGGAGUACAAGAGUGGCGCCAUCGCCGCUGACGUGGACGAGGUCACACGCGCCAAGGGCCUGCUCAUGCGCGCCCAUGCACGGCUGCACCUCAACGAACCCAAACACCUGCGCCCCCUCAUUGACGUGUGCAACCUGCUGGGGCUGCUCGCCAGCAAUGACGAAGACCACAAGGCAUCCCUCGCGUUCCUUGUCAGAGCACAUAAAUACUAUCAUCACUUCCUCAACCUGCAGUCGCAGGCAGCAGGGGAGGCAGCAGCAACAGAUGCAAUGGAGGAGGGCGGCGGGAGUGAGCGAGGGGGGGACGAGGAGACGAGGGAGGUGGAGUCCCUGCACACCAUCACCACGUUCUACCUCGCUCAGACGCUGGCAGCCAUGGGCAAGAAGCAGCGCGCCGCGGCCUUCUGUGCCGCCACGCUCACGCGCCAGCUGCGGCUGCGGCAGCAGUUCCGCGCGUGGGACUGGGCACAGAACUGCGCGCAGCUAGCGGGCGAUGCCCCUGCUGGCACUGCCCCCUCGGGCGCAGCAGGUGCUGCAGCGGGGGGCAUGGACGUGGACGGGGGGGCGCGGGAGGGGCAGCAGGGGGGCGAUGUGGACAUGGGGGAGGGCGCGGAGGAGCAGGAGGGCGAGGGCAGCGAGCGGUGGGCGGGCGAGGGCGACGUGGACAUCGCCCUGGGACCCGACUUUUCCCUUCUGGGCCUCGACCCCAAGGCUGACACCUGCGCUCGCAUGCUCGCCGAUGGGGGGGACGCAGGGGGGCAGAAGGGGGAGGGGCGCGGGGUGGAGGGCGAGGGCGAGGCGGAUGUGGUGCGGGAGUAUUCACACGCGGUGAUCCACUUCAACAAGGCCAUGACCGCCUUCAAGGCCGCGCUUGAGGUGUACACGAGUACAGACCGCUUCUCAGACCAUUUCGACAUCGCCAUGGACAUCAGCACGCUGCACCGGUACCUAGCGUACUAUGAGCCCAGUGCGCACAGGGCAGCGCUCAUCCACCAGCGCCGCGCCACACGCCUGCUGCCCCUUGCAACCGCCAUCAACCCCUCCGUCUACCCCACGCAGGCCGCUCAGUGUGUGCACGAGGUGGCGUCCAUCGCACUGAACGUCAUGGAGCUGGAGGCGGAUGCUGCACGGCCCCCUCCCAAGAUCAUUGACCCCGCAAAGCAGGCCAUCCAGUACUUUGAGCGCUUCAUCGCACUCAUGCAAUCCUCCACCCCCCAGGGGUGUGACGACGUACGCUUUGUGUACGCACACUUCCACAUCGCGCGCACGCACUACCGCAUCUGCACUCUGCUGCCGCCCCAAGAAGGCAAGGAUCAUCUGCAGCACAGUCUCAACUACUUCAGCAAGUUCUUGGAGCAUGCAGCGCGGGUGGGCGUGCAGGAGCAGCUGCAGUCGGAGGUGGCGGUGGCCAAGGAGAUGCAGAAGAGCCGCCUUCCCCCCGUGAACUCGCCGGGGGCGGGGGAGCGCCAGUUGCGCGCACUGGCGGAAGGGACGCGGCAGGGGGGUCUGGGGAGGUUCGGCAGGCGGAGGGAUGCGGGGGACAGGGAGGUUUCCGCGGAUGACUACGCGGCGGUGGAGGCGUGGUGGUGGGCGGGGAGAAGCGCCAACGCGGAACACACACGCGGAGAACGAUGGGCGGAAGAGGGGAGAGAGGACGGGGGGAGGGAAGAGGAUGAGAGUGGGGGUAGUCAAAAGAGAGAAGCCGAAAGGGGGAGGUUGAAAAUACGAGUGGGUGAAUGCUCGGGGGCGGUCAAGGGCGAGGAGCGGCGGGAAGAGUGGGCGCAGGGGCCGCUACGAGAAGGGGAGGUGCGGAGAGCACAGGCGCCCGUGGCGCGGCGGAAGGUUCGCACCAGUAGGCAGAGAAGCUUCCAGCGCGUUGACGCUUAUGCUGACGUGGCACGGAGCAGAAGCGCGCUGGCUAGAGAGGCUGUGCAAGGGGAUGGAGCGAGAGAGGCAUGCGGCGUCGCAGGGGGGCAGGGGCUCCGGGCGCGGUGGCGACGGGGGUCUGCGCCCGCAAUGGAGCAGCUGCCGGGGAGCAGCGCGCGCGAUGGGCGGGUGGCGCGAGCUUUGCGCGCAAAUAGCUUCGAAGGGGGAAGAAGUGGAUGGGGGGAAGAAGGCGCUGUGGAUGACGCGGCGCAAGGCGUGGUAACGGAAGCGAGGGCGGGAGGGCGGUCACUAGAGAAUACUUCAAAGGGCUUUGGGGACAGUGCGGAUAACGGGGCGAGCGAGUACGAGAGGCGGGGGAGCGUGGGCGCACGGGAAGGCGGCGAUUGUGGCAACGCGGGCCCUAGCCGGGGGGCAGGAGAGAGGGGGGCGGAUACGGGCUCAGGCGGGUGUGCAGCAGGUGCGGGGGGCGCACGCAGUGGCCCCGCCAUGCGCCCCAUGCAGCCCGGGCGCCAGCAGCAGCAGAGGCGGGCAGCGCCGCCGCCCCACCGGCGCGCCUCGCGCAGGCUGCAGCCAGGGGAGGUGCGGUCGCUGGCGCGCCAGCUGCACUCCUCCGCGCGAUGCGUUGCUGACGUGGACGCCAUGCUGGCUGCGGCUGUGGGCGAGCGGGGGGAGGGACAGGGGGGAGUUGCUGAGGCAGAGGGGCGCGGGGAGGGCGGGGCGGGGCCAGCAGCGGGAGAGAGGGGCGGGGGCGUGUGGGUGCACAGUGGGGUGGUGGUGGCGCUGAUGCAGGCGCUGGCGGACUUGCACUCGUGGCGCGCUGCCCUGCUGGUGCGCUCUAGGGGGAGUUUGAUGGGGCAUGGCAUGGCAGCAUGGGGUGCAUGUGCGGCGGGCAGGGCGGACAUGGCAGUGGCGCUGCUCACAGAGAUGCUGGAGCGCUGCACCACUGCCAGCCCUGGCAGCCCUGCCUGCGCUGCUCCCAGCAGCAGCAGCAGCAGCAGCAUGGGGCUAUCCGCGCAGCCCUCCGCCAGUCCCAUCCCUGCACUCUCCCAUUCGCCUCCUGUGCCCCACACCACCGCGCAAGACAGCUCCCCGCCCGGCAGCACGGGGCGCAGUGGGCAGAGCAGCGGGGGCAGCAAGAGGACCUCGAGGCACGGGUGCUGGCCAAGCGAGGCGACGUUUGGUGCGGUGAUGCACGCGCUGUGCAAGGCGGGGCGCGUGGGGGAUGCGGAGGCGGUGCUGCGCGUGAUGGCGCGUGUGCAUGUGCGCCCCAACGCCAUCGUCUUCAACACCCUGCUCUCCGCCGCCGCUGCUGCCCUCUCCCCGCCCGCUGCCGCUGCUGCCACUACUUCCCUUGAUCCUGCUUUUGAUGUGUACCAAUGGGGGAGCAUCGGCAGCAGCAGCAGCAGUGGGGGGGCGCGGGGCAGUGAUGCAGUGGGGCGAGUGCAGCGGGUGCUGGCAGCGAUGCGAGCAGCGGGCGUGGCGCCGACAGCUGCCACGGUGACAGCUGUCAUGGCCGCCCAUGCCGCCAGGGGUGAUGACCGCGCCGUGCUGCACCUGUGGGACGCUGUCACCAGGGGGGGCUGGGAUCAAGGGCUUGGGGAAGGUGGGGUUGGGGAAGGGCGAAGCGGGGAAGCAGCAAGCAAGGAGGGGAGCAAGGUGGGCCGAGAAGGGAUGCAGGGCAGAUGGGGUGUGAGUGCAGCAGCAGGCGCCCCUGCGGCAAGGUACGCAUCUGCAGAAGCAGCAUGUGCAGGUGAUGCGGCGUCAGCAGCAGAGCAGGCGCGGUGCAUGGUGCGUGGGAGGCAUGCAGCGGUGGUGCCAGAUGCGCCGAUGGUGACGCUCGUGCUGGGCGCCAUGGCCCGCCUGCGCCUCGUGCCCGCUGCCGAGUCCCUCUGGGCUCUCGCUGAGGCUUCCCAGCCUCGUGCCGUGCACAACACAGGUGGUGCUGGGGGGGAUGUGCGGGAGGGGUGUGGGGGAGGAGAGUGGGGUGCAGAGGAGGGGGGGAGUGGGGAGGUAGAGGGGUAUGUGUGGCGGAGCAAGAGGGAAGGCAGGCGAGCGCGGAGGGAGGGUGGACCUGGGAGGUGGGAGGGUGGUGGUGGAGAGGGGGAUUCUCGGGAGGAGAGUGAGUGGGACGGAUGGCAGAGGGGCAGAGAGCGAGGGGGGGAUGGGUGGAGGGGGGGUGGUGGGGUGGUGGGCGAGGCAGCAUGGGGCAGGUUGGAUGGCAUGGCAGCAGCAGCGAUGGUGGGAGUGUAUGUGGCUGUGGGUGAUGUCUACCAUGCCAUGCGCUUCCUCCUCUCCGCUGCUGCUGCCCGCCUGCUGCCAACACCUGGCAUGGCCCUUGCAGUGCCGCGUGCACCCACACAAACACCGCCACACUCACCUGAACCUGCCACAUCGGGAUCCUCCACACUCCCUCCCGCUGCUGCACCUGAUGGUGCUGCUGCUCGCCCCGCCAUGUCCCCAACGCCAUUGAACAUGGUGCUGGCGGCGCUGCAGCAGGCAUCACAACCGCGCCACAUGGAUGCACUGCUGCUCUGCUACCUGCACUCGCCCUCGCCCGCCUUCGUCCCCCCCCACCACCCCACCUCUCUCGACUCUCCCAGCUCUUCCCCACGCUCUGAGCGCCGGCACUGUGAGCAGAUGCAGAGGGAGCAGGGGGCGAGUGCACAGGCUGUGGCUGGGCCAGGCGGAGCGGGGACUCUCUACCCUGCUGCCUGCUCGUGCCUCCCCAUGCCCUCCCACCCCGCGUGGGCUCGCCUGCCUUGGGAUUGCCCUCACUGCUUGCGCAGACGGGCAGCAAGAGCAGCGGUGCGGAGGGGUUGGGGUAGAGCAGGCAGCGGUUGGUUGGAGGAGUGGGAGGGGGAGUAUGGUGUGAGGGUGAAUGGUGGCGGGAAGCUGAGGAGCGAGGCGGCAACACGAGGGGAGCGAGUGGGAGGAGGUGAGGACGGGCACGGAGCGGUGGGUGGCGGUGCAGGGUGCUGCUGCUGCAGCAGCAGUGGCGUGGUGUUGAGCAAGGGCACGUGUGAGGUGAUGGCAGCGGGGUACGGCAAGGCAGGCAUGCAUGAGCGAGCAGCAGCAGUGGUGCUGUACAUGGAAGAGCAGGGGCACAGGGUCGCCCCUCACCUCCUGUCAUUGCUACCACAUGACUAG